AUGGCCCGCGUCGGAAUCACGUUGUGCCUAGCCACGGUACUCGCCCUGAUAGAAAUAGGGUCCUGUCUACAAUGUUACCAGUGUAAUUCUCAAUCUGACCCGACUUGCAAGGAUCCAUUCAUGUCAUCAAAUAGCCUAGUUGACUGCUCAACUCAAGAUUCUGUGAACUACAACCGCCUUUACCUGAAGGAUUUGUUGCCACGGGAACUCAUUGAUUCUGUAGUUGGUGCGCCUAGGUAUUGCCACAAAAUUGUUAUGAAGAACGGCGCAACGGUCCGAACUUGCCUGGAUGCGAAUCCUACAGAAAUGGGGCAAUCGUGCAGUCUUAUCUCCAGAAUGCCAGCCCAACUUGACCCCAGCAGGGAGGUCAAGGAGUGCAGUGUUUGUAACAGAGACCGCUGUAAUGGAGCAACAUCUGUAGGAUUCUCUCUACCUUUAGCUUUAGCAGCACUUUUAGCCUCUUAUCUCUACAGCAAGCAAUAA